AUGCAGACACCUCGUGCCUCUCGUGUGCUGCGACGGGCCAAUGAAGCCAACGGCCAACCGACAUCUGCACGUCGUCGGUCACCACAUCCCAUCCUCUGCAAGCCUCACCGCACCCUCUGCCCUCGCCAACACGUCCAAACCUUGUUUUGGACAGCUAUUCCCGUCAACUUGAUGCCACAAGCCGCGAUAUCUCUCCGGGGAAGACGCAGAAAUAGAGGGCCAUCAGAUUCUGUUAUAUCUCCAGCGGUAGGAGAGGAAGAGGAAGACGGACGAUAUUUGCUGUCCCUCCUGGGUGAAAAACUGAAAAAGAGUGAGAGAGAAAGCGGCAUUUGUCGUCCUCCCGUUCCGUCUCGACAAACACGGAUCUGGACUCCGAGCCCUCCCGCUUGUGCUCAGGCGGAAGCCAUCUCGGAUCAUCUGAACCAGACGAGUUAUGAAAAAGGAGAGACCAUCAACAUCAAAUUCGACAUAGACCAUCUGUUGUCAGCCAGUGUCGCUGCUCUUCUUGUUCAGGGAUCGAAUCCAACGUUUGUGUCAAACCAAACAGCCCUCAGAGCAAUAUCGACCGCCCAGCAAGGCCACAAGCACAGUCCACGCGCAAGCAGAAGAACAUCAAUCAUGGGCAACCCCAUCGUCGACCUGGGCCUCUCGUGCCCCAAGGGCGGCCGCUUCUACAUCUGCGAAGACCAGCCGACCAGCUUCGUGGGCUGCUGCACCAUCGACCCGUGCACCACCGCCGACGGCCUCUGCCCCGACAACCAUCUCCAGCCGUCGUCCUUCGACCCAGACGCCUACAGCGAGAUCCGGGCGCAGGACUGCCUGGACCCGGGCUUCCUCUGGUACACGUGCCGCGACUCGUCGCCGCCGUUCCUGGGCUGCUGCUCGCAGAUGGCGUGCGAGCCGUCGGGAUGUCCGGCGAGCAAGGUCGGGGCCGCGAGCCUGGCGGGCAACAAACAGCGAGCGGCCCCUUUUCUGUCUGGAGGCUCGUCGUCCUCGAGGGAACCAUCUUCGUCGACGACGAUGACGACGACGAGCAGUGAGUUGGUUCCCUCGACGACGCUGAGCACGGCGGUCCUGAGCACAGCUGCGAGCACGACUGGAGGCGCUCCUCCGACGCAAGACAGCACCCAGCCUACUGCUGCCGUGUCACCUCCAGCGCAUCCGGGGCUGAGCAAGGGCGCCGUCGCAGGCAUUGCAGUGGGAGUAAUCAUAGCGGUAGGAUGCGUGCUGGCCGGGCUGUUCUUCUGGUGGUUCAAGCAGCACAAGAAGCGGCGGCCCUCUGCCAACACCCUUACGGAUGGCGGCAGCAGCCGCAAGGACGAGUACGGAGGGGAGGAUUCGCUGGCCGAGCAUCACGACGGCAGGCUGCUGGGGGCCGGACGAGGAGGAGGAGGAGGAGGAAGAGCAGGGCAUAUUCCGCAGGCAGAGCCUUCGCCGGGGCUCGAGUCGGUCAUCUCGGAGCUGCCCGCCACGCCGUCGCAGCAGAGCAUCACGUCCCCGGGGAGGCCGGUUGUGUCCAUGGUGAGCUCCAGCGGCGGCGGCGGCGGCGUGACGGGCAGGGAGAGCGACGCUUCCGGCUAUACCGCGAAGCUGCAGCACUCGCCAUUGAUGCACCAGACGCUGUUUGAGCUCGAGGACUCGUCGACCGGGGCGAGGUAGCGCGAGAGGUUAUACUCGUACAUGGGCUUUCACGACGGGAUUACCUACCUGUCCAACGGCAUCUUCAUCUUUCCCUUUUCUUCUUGUACGACUUCCGUGCGUCCAUCAAUUUUCACUAAUUCUUCCCUUUCACUUCACUCUUGUAUGCAGAUGAUUCUCGGACUCGUACGGAGAGGUGCAUGUAUACGUGGCAAAAGGGGGGAAGGGGGGGUGUUUGUCUGGCCUGGUGUUGACGGGCUGUGGCUGACGGCUGUUUCGGGAUACGAGCGACGGGCUUACGAUAGUCUGAUAGUUUUCGAGGGGCGGACUUUUUGAAACACUGUUUUCGGACUUUUUUUCCUUGUUCUUGUCUCG